ACUACUACUACUAUAAUAAUGUUAUGUGAUGUAGGGUGAGAAAGAGUCACACACACUUACAGCACUUCAGGGAGAUACAGAUAUGGUUCUGACUUGUUUGUGUGGCUGUGAUAAAGUACUACAGACUCUCUCUGUAGAACUGGAUCUCCUACAACAGGAUAAGGAGCAUGCUGAGUUUGCAUUAGACAUGUCUCGUAUAGAGCUGGGCGAGGGACAGGUAAAGGAAUAUCACAUAUCACAGAAGGCUUUGCUGCAGGAGGAGCUGGUCACCAUCAGGGCUAGAGUGUGUGACAUAUCACGGGAGAUGGAGAGAGGGUGGUUGGACUACAAGAGGAUGGAGAGUGAACUGUGCGUGUUUCGUUCUCACCUGGAGCACAUCUGCCAUUUUGGGCUUCCCCAGGAGCGCUCCCUGGCUCAAAAGCAGAUCUGGAUGAUGGAUGAUAUUCUCAGUGGUUUAAAGCCCAAUAGAAGUCGAUUUAAAGCACUAAUGGCUUUACACACACCAACAAUGUUUCCACUUCUCAACAACUCAUCGCUUCAUCCAGAGGAAAGCAUGCACUACUGGGGGGAGGAGUUAGAACCACCAGCUCGCCCACCUUUGCCUCUUGAGUUGGACAGCACAAACAAGGGCACAAAGCGGAGGCGUGAGUGGGCGGAGCCAAAUUACAGAAUGGUGUACAACCCUGCUACAAUGAACACGCACUCUUCACACAUCAACACAGACACAGCAGAUGCACUGGAAGUUUGA